AUGCUCUCACUCAAAAAGUCCAUCGCCACCAUCCGCGGCGACCUCUCCAACAUCACCGCGCCACCCUUCGUCCUCGACUCCAAAUCGGCCGUCGAACUGCCAGCCUUCUGGGCCGAACGACCCGCCAUCUUCGUGGCCUCGGCCGCCGCCCAGGAGCCCGCCGAGCGCGCCUUGCUGGUGCUGAAGUGGUUCCUCGCGUCUUUGCGCAAUCAGCAAUACGCCGGUCGGUCCCCCGCCGAGGGCGUGAAGAAGCCCAUCAACGCCUUUCUCGGCGAGGUGUUUCUCGCUAGAUGGGAGGGCGACCAGGGCCAGGAAGGGGCGGGAGAUGGAGUUGGAGUGACGAGGCUCGUUAGUGAGCAAGUGAGUCAUCACCCGCCCGUCACUGCGUGUCGAGUGUGGAACGAGAAACACGGCGUCACGGUAAGUCAUGUCUUUCUCUUCCAGAGUUUGCUCUCGUCGCCCUCCAACAAUUCUCAAGCCGGCCCAAAUGACCAUCAAGGAAACUCACACAUUCUUUCACCCUCUUCUCUGGAGCAGGCAGAGGGCUACACGCGCCAGGAGAUCACGUUCAGCGGCAGCGUCAACAUCCAACAAAUCGGGCACGCGACGCUGCACCUCGCCCGCCACGACGAGACAUACCUGAUCCCCCUGCCGGACAUCAAGAUCAAGGGCCUCCUGGCCGGCUCGCCCUACCCGGAGCUGCAGGGCACGCACCACAUCCCCAGCACGAGCGGCUACACGUCCACCAUCGACUUCAUUGGUAAAGGUGGCCUCUUCUCGGGCGCGGACCGCAAGCACGCCUUCGAAGCCCGGGUCUACCGUGACUUCAACGACGACAACAACGGAAGGGAGGCCGAUCCUGAUACUGCGCGCACCGUGUACACCGUCUCCGGCCACUGGGAUAGCCAGUUCGUCAUCCGCGACGCCCGGCGGGAUGUCGAGAUCGAGACCUUCGACGUCGCAACCGCGCCUACUGCGCCGCUGCUCACCGACCCCCUCGCGGAGCAGGACCCGUGGGAGUCCCGUCGCGCGUGGCGCCGUGUGCGCGAGGCCCUGCAGCGGGGCGACAUGCAAGCCGCCGCCGACGCUAAAGCGAGAGUCGAGAACGGGCAGCGCGAGAUGCGCAUAGCCGAGAACAACAAGAACGACGACGGCGCGCACUGGCAGCGCCUGUUCUUCGAGCCCGUAGCCCAAUCGGACGAGACCGCCGCGUCGUUGGCGCGCAAGGUCGGAUUGGCGCUCAAGCCUGACGACACGGUCGCGGCGUGGAGGUUCCGGCGCAAAGAGUGGGACGAAGGAGUGUUCCGCAAGCCAUAUCGUGGGGAUUUGAUGCCGGACAAUACGAGGGCGAGCGACGGCGGGAGGAAAGGAGAUGGUGUCGUCGACGACCAUGUCAACGACGUUUCUGUUUUUCCUCCUCCACCUCCUCCCUCUGUAGCUGUGUCGCACAUGGCGCCGUCCGUCCACACUAGGGGGGAAGAGGAGAGGAGACAUGUUCUGCCCACGGACUCGGUGGCCCAGCUUGACACGGCGAAUAAUACUACCACGACACGAAAACACCAGUCCACAACCGCCACCACCGAGUCCCUGGGAGCUGAAACAGCCUCCGAAUCCACCACACCAAAUCAGAAAACUCCAGUUCUUCCCCCAGUUGGGCCAGAGGGGAAGACGAAUAACUACGACGACGACGUUGAACAAGACAUGAUGAUGACGGCGCAGGAAGAGGUUCAUCAAGUCGAAGAGUUUCUCCGGGAUAAGUACUCGAGUCGGAGGAGGUAG